AUGAGCCAGCCAAUUUCAAAUGAAAAUCCUCACCAAGUCUAUGAUGAAAUCAACAACAAACCCACAAUCACGGACAAUGCCCUCCAAGAAAAGGCCGAGAUACAAGAAACCCACCAGUCCUUGACCAUUAUUAACUUUGAAGAAAACGACCCUGGAAACCCACUGAACUGGCCCAGAUCAAAGAAAUGGACCGUAACAAUUGUUGUCUCUCUUUCGGUGUUUUUAAUGCCAUUGUCUUCGUCAAUUGUCGCACCCGAGUUGAGCACCAUCAAAGACGAACUGCACAUGGGAAGCUCACUAGAAGCAGUCCUCGUCCUCUCAACCUUCGUCCUGACUUACUGUCUCGGCCCUCUGAUACUAGGCCCAUCGAGCGAGAUAUUUGGAAGAGCCGCAGUCUUGCACUCGGGGAAUUCAUUCUACCUGAUCUUCAACCUGGUGUGUGGGUUCGCUCGAAACAAAGGCGAAUUACUCGCUUCCCGUCUACUCAGUGGCAUUGGAGGCGCGGGUGGACUUGUUGUGGGUGCGGGUAUUAUUAGUGACUGCUUUCCCAAAGAAGAACGCGGCUGGGUCAUUGCCAUCUACAAUCUUGGGCCUGUCUUUGGACCUUCUCUAGGGGCUGUCGUUGGUGGGUUUAUCACUCAGUACACGACAUGGCGCUGGGCAUUCUGGGCAACGUCUAUCUUUGACGGGACCUUGAUCGUUUUUGGCUUGCUUGUUAUGGAGGAGACAUAUCCACCCGUCAUCCUCGCGAGGAGAAAGGCCAAGAUGCUGAAACCGGCUGCGACAAACACAGCUCUAUUGAAGACACCUUACGAAAAACCAGACGAAACUCUCAGCCAAUUAUACCACAACUCUCUUCUCCGACCCCUGCAGCUCUUAAGAGUCCAGCCCAUCGUCCAGGUUCUAGCAAUCUUCUAUGCCUAUCUAUACGGGCUAAUGUACCUAGUACUCUCGACCUUCACAACUCUCUGGGAAGAGAGAUACCACCAGCCCGUGGGCCCGGCUAGUCUAAACUACCUCGCACUGGGGAUCGGAUACUUCCUUGGUUCACAGGUAUGCGCGUUUCUCGCGGACCCAAUCUACAGAGCGCUGAAGAAGAAGCAUGGCGGAAAUGGCAAACCAGAAUUCAGAGUAGUUCUCAUGUUCCCCGCCUCGAUCCUCGCCCCGGUCGGUCUGCUGUGGUACGGAUGGGGAGCACAGGCUGUCACGCAUUGGAUUGUGCCUGAUCUUGGCAUAGCGCUGUUUGCCUGCGCUGCUAUGAUUCUGUUUCAGUGUACCAGUGCAUAUCUGUAUGAGGCUUUUACUUUGUAUGCGGCUAGUGCGACGGGUGCUGUUUACAUUCUUCGUGGAUUGACGGGUUUCGGAUUUCCUCUUUUCGGUCCGAAUAUGUAUCAAUCGUUGGGUUAUGGAUGGGGGACUACUAUCCUUGCUCUCGUUGCUAUUGUUAUGGGCUGUCCGGUGCCUGUUGUUCUUUGGAGCUACCAAACAGAGAUCUACGGCAAGGGUGCCUUAAUGGGCAUCCUGCCUGGCGUAACCACCGACCCCCGCAAACUAGAGGAGCAAGCUCGAGAGUCUCUGGGCGUUCGUGCAUUCAAUUAUGUCGCCGGUGGAGCAGGCGAGAAAGCGACAAUGGAUAGCAACCGGCUGGCAUUCCGGCAGUGGAAGCUAAUCCCACGGAUGAUGCGAAAUACACCCGAGCAAGACGUUUCGGUCGAGCUCUUCGGUCAGAAAUACGAUAAUCCCCUUAUCAUGGCGCCGGUCGGCGUACAGGGUAUCUUCCACGAAGACAAGGAGACAGGCCUUGCAGAAGUAUGCGAGGAAGUCGGGGUUCCGUAUACUAUGAGUACGGCGAGCACGAGCUCGAUUGAAGAUGUUGCGACCGCCAACAAGGACGGUAAGCGAUGGUAUCAGCUGUACUGGCCCAGGGACAACGACGUUACUCUGUCGCUGCUAAAGCGGGCAAAAGAGAACGGGUUCUCGGUUCUGGUUGUUACCUUGGAUACAUGGUCGCUGGCGUGGCGACCGGCGGAUUUGGAUAACGCCUAUGUACCCUUUAUCAAGGGGGUGGGGAACCAGGUCGGGUUUAGCGAUCCUGUUUUCCGCGCGAAGUUCGAGAAGGAAACUGGAUCGAAGGUUGAGGAGGAUAUUAUUGGUGCUUCGCGCGCGUGGAUCGGAGACAUUUUCGCUGGGAGUCCGCAUUCAUGGGAGGAUUUGGCUUUCUUGCGGAAGAAUUGGGAUGGGCCGAUUGUGUUGAAGGGAAUUCAGCACGUGGAGGAUGCGAGGCUAGCGCUGAAAUAUGGGUGUGAUGGGAUUGUGGUAUCGAAUCAUGGUGGCCGUCAAGUGGAUGGUGCUAUCGGGUCUUUGGACGUUCUUCCGGAGAUAGUCGAUGCAGUUGGGGACAAGAUAACGGUACUUUUCGACUCGGGGAUUCGGACAGGUUCGGAUGUGAUCAAGGCACUGUGCUUAGGAGCCAAAGCAGUUCUUGUUGGUCGACCGGUGAUUUACGGACUGAGCAUUCAGGGCCGAGACGGGGCCAGACAGGUCCUCAAGGGGCUUCUAGCCGAUUUGUGGCAGAACAUGGGCCUAUCGGGGAUUCGGAGGGUGAAAGAUUGCGACCGGAGUCAGAUUCGCAAGGUGCAAUACGGAGGUGACGUGAAAGCGAUGAUGUAG